AUGGAAAUUGUGCCCGAGUUGUCAACGGUGGAGAAUGCGGGAUGCGAAGAAGAAGCAGAAGAAGCGGGAAAGCCUAUUGAGCUGAAUGCAUCAAUGCUGACGUCAGGCGGUGGACAAAGCGGACCGAGGAGGAUCUCGCGAGGAGAUCGAUCUCCUCAUGUUCGGCCUCGUUCACGCAAUCACACACUUAUGAACAAUCCACCACCGCCAGCUGUCCAUAUUCGAACCCAUGACAUGAUCUCUCCGGAUGAGCGGCGCUUUCUCGAGGCCGCUGAAAGGGGAGAUAAACCAUCGAUUAUGGCAUGUCUUACACAGAGAGAUGCUGGAUUGAAUGUAAAUGUGCUUGAUUCGAUGGGAAGAUCAGCAAUCGAGAUCGCUGUCGAUAAUGAGAAUAUCGAGAUUGUUGAGCUUCUUUUACAACAACCAAGUAUUCGAGUUGGCAAUUCGUUGCUGUGCGCUAUUCGAGAAGGAGUUUAUCGUUUGGUGGAGAUGCUAGUCAAUCAUCAUUCGAUCACAAAAGAGAUGCUCGGUGAAGGAUGGACACAAUAUCUUGACCCGGGAGAAGCCGCAUCAGCUGAAUACUCUAGCGAUAUCUCGCCGGUAAUCCUUGCCGCUCAGCUGAAUCAAUUCGAGAUCCUGCAAAUGCUUCUUCGAAAAGAUGCCACUAUUGAGACUCCACACAAAUACAAUUGUAUUUGCGAGAGUUGUGAUCGAGAACGCUUAAACGAUUCGCUACAAUAUUCAUUGAAACGGAUUAACACCUAUCGAGCAUUAGCUAGUCCGGCUUGGAUGAGUUUGACAAGUCCUGAUCCCAUUUUUUCCGCGUUUCGUUUGAGUUGGGAAUUGCAGCAAUUGAGCGAGAUCGAGCACGAGUUCAAAGAUACUUAUCUCAAGCUCGCUGAACAAUGCAAGCAAUUCGCUUGUGAUCUACUGAGUCAAUGUCGAAGUAGUGAAGAGGUGAUUGCGAUUCUGAAUAAAGAUGUGGCCACACACGAUGAGAAUAUCGAUGUCUGGGCCUCGAAACUUUCCCUUUCACGUCUUAAACUUGCCAUCAAGUAUCAACAGAAAGCGUUUGUCUCUCAUCCACACUGCCAACAAUUGUUGACAUCGAUUUGGUAUGAGGGAUUUCCGGGACGACAACAGCGUGGCUCUUUAUGGAAUUGGCUCAUCUGCAUUCUGUUGAUUUUACUCUGGCCUGCACUCGCCAUUUGCUAUAUCUUGAUGCCAAAAAGUCGUGUCGGUCGAAUCGUUCGCUCUCCAUUUAUGAAAUUUCUUUACUAUUCGAUUUCUUUCGGUUGUUUCCUUCUUUUACUCACCUUGGCAACCUUUGAGGAUUACCGAAGUGAACAGUUGACGUCAAAUUCGAGAGCUUCCGAUCGUGGUCCAUCAGCGACAAUGAUUGAAACCCUCGUCGUUUGCUGGGUUUUUGGCAUGUUAUGGUCGGAAAUCAAGCAAUUAUGGGAAGAAGGUUUUUCGAAAUACGUUUAUCAAUGGUGGAACUGGCUUGAUUUCAUCAUGAUUUGCCUCUACCUGUGCACGAUUUCGCUAAGAGUUUCCGCUUAUUUCAUCUAUCAUUGGAGUAAAGAUCGUUUCAUUUUGCGAACAUAUUGGGAUGGAAAUGAGCCAAUGUUAUUGGCUGAGGCAUUAUUUGCUGUCGGAAAUGUGUUCUCUUUUGCACGAAUUAUCUAUCUUUUUCAAACAAAUCCCUAUCUUGGACCUUUGCAAAUUUCUCUUGGCUGUAUGCUGGUUGAUGUAGCGAAAUUCUGUUUCAUUUUCAUUCUCAUCAUCAGCAGUUUCUCAAUUGGACUUGCUCAACUAUAUUGGUAUUAUCGAUUACCGGUUUGUUUGGGAGACGAGUGUCGAGAAGACCCAAAUGUUUUCAGCUCAAUCUACGACUCAUACUUAACUCUCUUGUGGUCAGUGUUCUCGAUUACAAAGGUUGAGGACACGACCGUCGUCGAGGCUCAUCAUUUAACUCAACUUUUUGGUCGCGCUCUUUUCAUCAUUUAUCAUAUGACAUCGAUUAUCGUACUCCUUAAUAUGUUGAUCGCUAUGAUGAGCUCAACAUUUCAAACAAUUAAUGAUCACGCUGAUUUGGAGUGGAAAUUUCAUCGAACGAAGCUGUGGAUGGCUCAUUUCGACGAAGGCUCUUCUCUCCCGCCACCAUUCAACAUUGUUGUCACUCCAAAAGCAAUUCUCUACUUUCUUUGCUCUUUUUGGAACACAGUUCGAUGGCUUUUCGGGAACUAUCAAUACACGAAGAGUCGAAGUCGGGCAACGAUUCGGCGUCCCGGCUACUCACGGCGACAAAACGCGCGAGAGCAAAAGAAAGAUGGACUCGAUUUGGAUAAGCCGCUUACUUAUGCUGAUAUUAUACAAAGACUUGUCGCUAGAUUCAUUCAUCAAACGAAGAAAGAUAUGAAAAUGGAUGGAGUGAAUGAGGAUGAUUUAUUAGAGAUCAAGCAAGAUAUCUCAUCAUUGAGAUAUGAGCUACGGGAUGAUCGCCGACGCGAGAUCGUGCGCUCCUCGUCGCAUAUUGAUGCUGUAAAGCGAGAGCUGAUGCGAACAAUGUCCAGUACAACAAGGAAGCCACGAAUGACUCUCGGGGUGACCCCCGAAGAGAGUGUUGUGCCCAAAAGGCACGAGUUCUUCAUGCUUCGUAUGUGGCCUCGAAGUUUCCGACAUCGACGCCCAAAAGCCUCGGUUACUGAAGAGGGUGAUGGGAUGAGCGAUGAGGAAAGCACCAACGACAGUAAUUCCCUUCUUUUCACACCAUCCGGCAAGGAAACGUUCGUCUUGCCCGAGAUCACGAAAACAGAUUUAGAGCAAGGAGAUUUGCUAAAACAUCCGCGAAAACAGGCUCUCUGCAAGACGGAUACAUCGAUAUCCUAUUCUGGGGCUUCUGCUUCAGAUCCACGUUUCUCUAGAUCAAUGAUCACCGAUCGUCCGUGUGCUGUGCAACUUGAGAAAUCGCAUAGUGUCAGUCCGAAGAGUGUGCUGCGUUAUCGAACAUCGAAAACUUCUUCUCGAGCCUCGUCAGCCGAUAAAGCGAAAGAAAUUGCGGGAGAUGAGGUGAAAAAAGUGGAUGGGAAAGAUGGAGAGGCGAUACCACCACCAUCGACAACACCCCAGCAAUCGAUCACUGGGAAUCAUUUGGCUCUUGACGCUGUUCAGCGUAUCCGCACGGAUUUGAACGCAAAGCUCGACCAGUUGAUCGCUCAAAUGACCCCAACGGCCAGCGAUAUUAUGCCACCGCGAGUCGGAUUCCAUCAGAUU